AUGCGAUGGAAGAGCAGUACCGAAUUUGAGAAAGUUGGUCGAGUAUCGGCAUUAUAUGUUUAUCCCGUUAAAUCAUUCGGUGGAUUGUGUGUACAGAAUGGAAAGUGUACGAAACUAGGUCUUGAAUACGGUGGCGUUAGAGACAGGCAUUGGAGUGUAGCAUUGAAAGAUGGAACCUGGCUGACUCAAAGACAGGAACCAAAAAUGGCUUUAAUCAAGACCAGUCUACACGGUGACACCAUGCAUCUCGACGCUCCUGGAAUGGAAACCAUUCAACUGCAGAUAAAUCCGGCUUUGAUGAAAUCAAACAUAAGUAAAAUCACAAUCAAAACAGAUACAGUACAGUCUUUAGAUUGUGGUGAUAAGGUAGCCGAAUGGUUGUGUCGUUACUUUAAUAGAGAUGGAUUGAGGCUACACUUCUCUGAGGCAUCACUGGAGAAAAGAGAUUCCCACAAUGCCAAGAAGAAUUGGCAACACCCAGCUCAGCCAGGAGAUUUGACAGCUUUCUCGGAUUAUUGUUCCUACAUGGUUUUAUCAAAUUCUUCAUUGAAAGCAUUGAAUCAGAAAUUAGAUAAAGAAGUUCCAAUCCUCAACUUUAGAGCCAAUAUUAUUGCUGAUAACUGUGAUGCUUUUGCUGAGGAUGAUUGGAAAGAAAUCAGAAUAGGUGAAGCUAGACUCAGAGCUUUAGAUGCUUGUACAAGAUGUAUCCUAACCACUGUAGAUCAAUCUAAAGGAGUUAAAGAUAAAAACGAAGAACCACUUGCUACGCUGAAAAAAUUCCGUUUAAAAGAACCAUAUGGUCCUAAACCAGCAUUUGGAAUUAAUUUUACUCUGGACGCACCAGGUGCGAUACAAGUUGGUGAUCCUAUUUAUGCCAUUAGACGUUAA